UUCUUCUCCACAUUCCCCCACUGCCUUCCCCCUGUCUCCUCCUCCUCCUCCUCCUCCUCCUCCCGGUUCGAACCCCCCCGGUCCCCCUCGGCAGCCCUGCCUGCGCUCCCGUCGCUCGCUCAGCGCACGCCCCGGAGCUGCGGACAGGUGAGACGGAGCAUCCAGGAUUAUGGCAACUUCUUCCACCUUCUUCUCCCCUUUCCUUCUCCUGUGCAUGCUGGUUCUUUCUGACAUCAGUCUUGCAGUCUCCCUGGACCUUACCACUAAGCUCAAAAAUGUCCCAGAGAACAACAACCAUCUUCAAAACAAAGAGGUGUGGCUACAGCAGCCCAGAAGUGGGCACCACCACAAGCACAGCUUGGCCAAGAAGGAGAGGGUCCAUGCCAUGCCUUCUAGAGGGCGGCUGGUGGGGGAAGAGGCCCUCAGAGUGGGUAGUGGAGCUCUUGCUGUGGAAGAGCUGGCAGCAGAGGGACAACCAGCAGCCCUGAAACAGAAUAAGGAUGUGUUCCUGCGUUAUGAGGUCCCAUAUCCUGAGAGGGAGAACCAAUCGCCUGGAUCUGAGAGAGGAAAGAAGCAAAAUCGAGAGCAUCGACGACACAGCCGCAGGGACAGGCUGAAACACCACAGAGGGAAGGCUCCUGACGCUGGGCCAAGCUCCCUGUACAAGAAACCUGAAAGCUUUGAAGAACAGUUUCAAAACCUGCAGGCAGAGGAAGCUACAAGUCUGACUCCCACUAUGCUUCUCUUCACUGCACUGGAACUAGCUGUUUCCACAGAAGAACCUCCUGUUCUUCCAGCCACAUCACCACGGUCACAGGCCCGUCUCAGACAAGAUGGGGAUGUGAUGCCCACCCUAGAUAUGGCACUCUUUGACUGGACAGAUUAUGAGGAUCUCAAACCAGAAAUGUGGCCGUCUGCUAAAAAGAAAGAAAAACGCCGCAGUAAGAGCCCCUACAGUGGAAAUGAAACCGUGACAGCUGAAGGAGAGCCAUGUGAUCAUCACCUUGACUGCCUCCCAGGCUCUUGCUGCGACUUGCGUGAACACCUCUGCAAACCACACAAUCGAGGCCUUAACAACAAAUGUUAUGAUGACUGCAUGUGCACUGAAGGGCUACGCUGUUAUGCCAAAUUCCACCGGAACCGAAGAGUGACCCGGAGGAAAGGGCGCUGUGUGGAGCCUGAAUCGGUCAACGGAGAGCAGGGAUCAUUCAUUAAUGUUUAGGAGGAUAGGGCUCCUUCCCAGAUGGUCAGGAGGUGGGGUCAAACUGUUUAUACCUAGCAAUGGGAAUUAGAGGAAAAAGUCAAGCAAAUGACUGAAGCUGCAGGCUCUGAACAUGCCGGGUUCCAACCAGACUAAAGCUCCUGUUAAUUCUAAAUAGAGUAAUGUCAGUCUUUUCCAGAUUGCAUUACCGCUCCCUUCCCUCAGCACAUUCUUGCCAUUGAGCUGUGUCCCUCUCUCCUGGCUAGUAAGAUGAUCACAACUACCAUUCUGAUGGUCCUGGCUGGAAAAGGCUCUGCCUCUCAAUAUAGGCAAGGUGUAUAAAGAUCCUUCAGGUCAAAGGAGACAUGAGCUUAAACUUUACCCCUUAACUAUUGCUUGGGAAGAAGGGUAGAUCCUCCUUAAGGAUCAGAGAUUCCUAUAGGAUAGGGAGCUUGUAGCCUCCAGGUGGAAUCAAAGACAGCAAACAGGCUGCUUUGGUGAGAGAGGACCCUCUGACAGCUCUUGCUUUCUCCUUUGUUCAUUGCUAUAGACAGAUAUUCCCUAGCUGUUACACACUACUACUUCCUACCUGUUGUCUUUGGGACAGUCCUACUCACUCCCUGAGACACACCUGGUUUCUUCCAGAAUGUGGCAAGACAUCCCAGCCUGCAGCUCUCACUCAUUUAGUUAACUUGACAAGUCUGUUAUUUUUAAUGAUUAUUUUUAGGAGCUUUCUGGGGAAGUGAUAGUUUUCCUAGCGAGCCAAAAAUAAAGUUUUUGGUAACAGGAGAUCGGGACAGGCUGUUCCGUUGUAGUAAAUCCUGUGACGUUGCAUGUGUGUUUCCACGAUAUGU